AUGAAAAGACAACAGUAUGCCUGCGAUCAGUGCAGGAAAUCCAAACGAGGCUGCGAUGCUCCGCCUUUGGAUUAUCCACAGAACAUGGACCCUCUGCGCAACGGGAGGAUGAUUGUUGGAGAAAAGCCACCUAUGGCUCAAUCAUCGCCGUGUUCGUAUUGUAUCAAGACUCAUAAAAAGUGCACCAUGAAUUGGGCUUGGACGCAGAUACAGGUUUCGUACGCUUUGGCCGCUGCUGCGCGCGGGGAAGCUGGCAUAGAAUGCGUUGUUCCGACAAGACGAGCGUCGACCGAGAAGAGUCGCACGUCGCCUACGACUUCGGCCGUUACUGACGAUAUAAGUCUUGAUGCUGAAUCGACGACGACAUAUGUUUCUCAAUCACUUCCUCCUGUGCCGGUAUUUUCGGACAUCGACGUUGGAUUGCAAGAAAUGGACUUGCCUUCGUUCUUGGACGGUUCUCUCGAUACAUUACCCUUUGACUUCGAACCGCAUGAGACGGACCCUCUGGAUACCAAUUUCUACGGUGUUGCUUUCAAGGAUAUCAACCAGUCAUCAGAUUGUUUGAGUGAACCGUGGGAGUUCUUCAAAGAGUCAGCAACACAACCACCGCCAGUACUCGACGUAUUCUCCCUUUCACAACCCAUAAUCAGCCUUACAGAACCCAGCCAAUCACUAGCUCUAUCCAGUCCCAACGAAAAAGACUGGAACACGAGGAAAAAGCGCCGCCGUGUGUCCAACGCCUGGAGCGAUACCCAAAGCAGCUCUCUGUCAUCAUUUUCCGUGGAUCAAUCCAUGAUGGCACAGUCCAACAAUCAACUUAUCUCGACGAACCUGUUACAGAUCUAUCACGAUGUUCUCGAGCAUAACCUUUCCUGCUGGUUGAAUGAGGUCACAUGUCCGUUUGGAAGCCAAAAGGAUAUUAACAGGCCCAGCAGUUUCGCAGAAUGGGGCUCUUCGUGGACGAACAGAGUCCUUCGCCGGACCUUGAAUCUCGAUCAGGUCGCUCAGUCAACUCAGCUCAUCCAAAUCUCAAGACAGGAAGAGUCAAAAACCGCAAAGGCUCUUCAUCUGUCUAUUAUGGCCUUUGCGACGCAGUGGGCUCAGGGAUCACGGCGCCAAAAGGAGCGAUAUCCUUCACUUGCAGACAUUACAGAGGAUGACCCACUGAAUGAAUUCAUGAAUGAGCUUACGGAGGAAUUUGAUCGUAAUCUCCAGAGAAAUAUUUGGGACCAGGCCAGAAGGGCUCUUGAUGAGGUUGCCGAUGUCGAAUCUUUUCGCGUCGUCUGUGCCGAGAUGAUUUUCGGCCUUACGCAAAAGCCUCUUACUCAAGAAGAAAUGGCUUUUGGAGAUUCAAAUCCUCGUGAUGGUUAUGAUGACAAAUACGACGCAGAAGCGGUUGCCGAUGAAAUCGCCAGCAUAAUCGAAAACGACGGUCCACCGAUCUACAUGGAGCGAGCAGCUAGAAAGAUGCACACGCUAAAAUAUCGAUACGACGCUGAAUCAAAAGGCAUCUUCAGAAACAGCACCAAAAAAAGACAAAGUGUGUCAUCAACAAUGAGCACCGAGGACAGGGGCACGAUAAGUUUGCUGUACUGGCUAACCGUCAUGUUCGACACGGUCAGUUCAUCCAUGGCCGAAAGACCGGUCGUGGUCGUCGACGCCAACAGCCAGCACGACGAUGCCCGCGGGGAUACAGACUGGAAUGUCCCGCUUUUCAUACAGGAUAGUUUGGAGAAGCCAAAACUGGUGGUGCAUUGGCCGUGCUCGUAUGAGGAGGCCGCGGAAGCUGUCACGAGGUCUGCGCCGGUUAAGGUUCUCAUGUUUCGACAUGUAGCCUACCUACAGAAUAUCCUGAGGCAGGGAGGGCGCAGAGAAAAGGUUGAGGAGUUUAUAGAAAGAUCUAUCAGCGUGUAUAGAUACUGGAACAUGACGCACGGCACGUUCUUCAGAGAACUCCUUCAGAACUACGACGCCAUCCCAGGCAGAAUCCAAAGCUGGUUCAUGUGCAUCUCAGCCCACUGGCAUCUCGGCGUCCUUCUACUCGCAGACCUAAUCGAGCACAUCGACAACCACAACCUAGGCAUCCCCUCACACAGCCACGCGCGCACCAGCAGCAAAUGGGUUCUCCGUGUCCGCGAGCGCAGCGCAACAGAGCUCUCUGACCUCGCGCGCGCAGCCGCCCCGGGAAUAACCACAGCGCCGCAGCUCUCGGAUUUCCACCACGCCAUCAACGAGAGCAUGCUCCUCACGGAACCGUGGACGAUCAUCCUGAUACGGGCGUUUUCCAAGGCUGGGAACUUCUGGCUAGGGGAGGCGAGCGGGCUGAUUAGGUGUGAGUGUGAUGAAACGGAUGUGAGCGCGAGGUUGGACAGGGCGGAGGAUUGUGUUAGGGGGUUGUGGACGUUGGGGAAGAAAUCGGACAGCGCGAGGAGGUGUGCUGAGACGUUGUCUAGGGCGAAGAGAAAAGUGGUUGUGUAA